AUGGUGCGCGAACAGUGCGAUGAAGAGUUUGGUCCAAAAACAAUGACGAAAAAGACCAUUCAGGCCUCGUGUCGCAAGAACAAGCUAUAUCUCACACCGCAUCUCAACGAUGUCCUAUAUUUGCACUAUUCAGGAUACAACGCCAUCGCUGGAUUGGAAGAGUACGUCGGGUUAAAGUGCCUUUGGCUCGAAUGUAAUGCCAUUUCGGGUAUAUCCGGUUUGGAGCAUCAGACCCAACUGCGUUGUCUGUAUCUGCACAACAACCUUAUCAAGAAAAUCGAAAACUUGGAAAACUGCAAACAGCUGGACACACUAAACCUUUCCCAUAAUCACAUCGCAAAGAUAGAAAACUGUGGAAGUGAUGUUUUACCCGUGCUCAACACGCUAAACAUAUCGCACAACUAUCUAAAGUCGAUUGAAAGCAUUGCUGAGCUGAGAAAUUGUGAUUUCGUGUCGGUUUUGGACAUUUCCCACAACCGCUUAGACGACAUUGCGAUUGUGAAGGUUUUGAGUGACAUGAAAGGAUUGCGCGUGUUAACUAUGGUGGGUAAUCCGGUGAUUAACGAUAUCCCUUCCUAUCGUAAAACACUUAUUUUGGAAUGCAAAUCUUUGACGUAUUUGGACUCUCGACCAGUCUUUGAUAAGGAUCGGGCCUGUGCGGAAGCUUGGAAACGCGGUGGAUACGAAGCGGAACGUAAGGAGCACUUGCGUUGGGUAAAGGAAGAACAACGCAAGAUGCGCCGAAGCAUCAAUGCAACGCUUCGUUUACGUCACCGAGGAGAUGGAGAGCCGGAAUUGCUUAAAACAAGUAGUGAUGAAGAAGAAGUACGUGAAAUGGAAGAUUCUAUUACUGAAAAAGAUGAACUUCUGGAAAUGGACUACCAAUCGAAUGAAGUAGCAUGGAAGGAGAUGGAAGAUCUGUUUAAUCAACACACGAGUGCCCUUAAACCAUCUGUUCCGACAUGUUUCCCCGUUCAGCCGAGAUCACCAUGUCGUGCUAUGGAAAAUUCAUCUGGAAGAGUAACUGUUGAUCAGUGUAAGGAGGAUAAUGCAAAGAAAGCACUCAUCGAAGAGAUAACUACCGACGAAUACACAGAUAUAACUUCAAAGAAGGAUGACUCCGAGAAACACACUGAAAAGCUGGAAAAUAACUCAACAUUCUUAAAGGAAGGAACAGAAGAUGAUAUAUGUUACAUGAAAGAGAACCAAUCUGCUGAACAAGAUGACUUAGAGAAGGAUCAUAAGCUCGUCGAACAAAUUGAGGCAACCCAAAACGAUUUUCAGGAAAAUUCUAUAUGUGAGAGUUCUGCAAUAGAAACCGAUCCAACUCAUUCUAUAGAGUCUACCAAGAGCUCUGAAACGAACCGCAAAACAGAAGCUCGAAUUGCAUCAGCUGAGCAAGAUGAUACACUUAACGUCAUCAUCGAGUCAAAGGAAAUCUCUAUAACGAUGCAACCAUCUUGCAGCAGUAUGAGUGAGUGCCCGCCUACAACCCAAGAUGAUUGUGUUCAAGGUUUUGAACGUAAAUCCUCCACCACGUCUAUUGACUCUGUCAUUAAUCAUGAAACUAAACGCCGUGAUGGUGAGAAGGAUGAUGAGCGUAAAUUAUCCACCACCUCCGCGGACUAUAUCACUGGAUCUGAUACCAACUCUGAUCCUACACUCGUCACGGACUGUGAUAGCUGUGUGCGUAACAGUCGUGGCAGCAGUCGGGGCUGCUCUUCCCGUACGGACACGUCCGACAGUGAGGAUAUGUUUGACAAGAUAGUACCGAAGAAGCAUCGCAAGCUAGCCUGUGCCAUCCGGUCGGUGAGCAGCAGUGACAGUAGCAGUGAACUGGAUGAACCUGGUGGCAGUAUGCUGGAUAGUAAGCUCGAUCACCAAAACACGAUCACGGAGUUUAUCGAUGAGUAUAAACGGUUUUUCCACUCGGUGGAUCUGCGCGAUCCGAAAUGUGUUCUUAAAAAUCGUCACAAAAUUGUGCGUCCACAGACGGCAAAGACACAGCGCACGGAGCCCAUUGUCUACGAAGGUGUACUGAAAACGAUGGAGCAAACUUCCAACUACGCAAAGAUAGAGCAAGUGCGCCAGGAGCGCGAACAGGGCGAUCGCAGCCUGUCUAAGGACGCUGUUCUGGAACGUCUGAUGAAAGGGCAUGAUGCUGUGGAUAUGAAUAUCGAGAAUCAGAUGAUAUCCAUCGGCGGUAAGGCACACAACUUCAACGAGUACCGUCUAGAGGUGUUCCGGCAGGAUCAGGAAAAGCUUCAAAACCUUAUCGACCGUGUGACGGCACAGAAGGAUAAGUACAAUGCGCACAUCGAUAGCAUUCACGACCAGCUUGCAAACAUCAUGAAUGACUAUGGACAGAUCAGCGUGAAGCUGCGAAUGGUAAACGAUAUGAUACAGAACAUUGGUGAGGAGGUAGGCCAAGAGGAGCACGAGGACGUUCUAUCGGGUUCUAUCGAAGAAAUACGUGCAAAAGGCGAUUCGGAGGAAAUUGUUGAAAAUAUAACCAAAGAACAGGAAGAGAAGGUGGCUGAAGUUGGUAUGAAACUGUGUGACACUGCUUCAGGUGAACCUGUGGAGGAGUUGACCUCAGAUGAAUCCGUUCCAGAUCUGUGUGACUUUAAGAAGCGUGUAGCCGCACAGAUUGAAGUUGGUUUAGCGGAUCCAACCAAUUCUAACGCACGCAAACCCAUCUCAAAAGAGUUCGGUUCCGAUCCGGUUUAUCGUAAAUUUAUUGACAUCCAGUACGAGAUUGAUAAGCUGACCGAAGAUCAGAUAUUCGAUGCCCUCUCGGAAGCCGCCCGAGAGUUACAGGAGGAAGAAGAACUCGAAGCAAAGCUGCUGCACGAUGCUGUGGACGAAUACUGGAACCCAGCUACCGAUCUAGAUGACUUCCGACGCAAUCUCAAUCUGGAUGCGCAUCCGAUCAUACAGCGCUUUAAGCGCUUCAUCGAAUGUCAAGGCACCGAUACGGAUGAUACCGAUUCGGAGGCACACGUACGAAGGCUCGAGAGUGCGUACCACAAAUACGAACGUCGCCUUUCUAACCACCUGUUUGACGAGUAUCUGAUUUUGAGUCGUAAGGCAAGUAUUGCGACUACCACGGGCGGUGAAUCGAGCGCAACGGAGUUGGAAUUGAUAGAAAUAGAGGGUGGCCAUGUUUUACGAGCGUCCACCAGUAGACGUGCAACGGCAUGGGAUUUAAAGGACUCGCUGGAACAUCCGGUUGUGGAGGUAGAGGAAGAACCAAAUGAUGAGAUCUCUUCUGAAGGUGAUAAAGAACCGAAACUGGAAGAGUUGGAAGAUGAAGAAUCUAAACCAGAAGAACAGAACGCACAACAGAGCACGAAUGUGGCCAUGCAGGACCCGUCUUCAGAUGUUUUGGAGUAUCAAUAGAUGCUAGUUGUGACACCAUUAUAGCAAGCAUAGAGAGAUAUCUCUCGUUAGCAGCACACAAAUUAUAUACGUAGUGAACGUGUUGUUAUCA